GCCUCCGGGACUUCCCCGGAUCCCUCCCGGAGCCCCUUCCUCUGUGCCACGCCCCGCCGCACCGGUGCAUGGGAGAGGCGGGUGGCGCCGGCCCCCACAGAGCAGAGAGAAGCGGCGGCGCUGGCGGCGGCUCGGAUGGAUUGAACCUUCUGUGCUGAAUGCCUCCAGAUUCCCUAUUGGAUUUCACAUCUGGACAAACCCUUGUGAUCUGAGCCACUCUGGCAGACUGAAUUUGUGCAUCCAGGGGUCCUAAGCCUUUAGCUCUUGAGGAGGCAGCUGCUGCUGAAUCACGUGAAGCUGACAUCCCAGCCACAAUGGUGCUGUCACAAAGGCAACGAGAUGAACUAAAUCGAGCAAUAGCAGAUUACCUUCGUUCUAAUGGCUAUGAAGAGGCUUACUCGGUUUUUAAAAAGGAAGCUGAGUUAGAUGUGAAUGAAGAGUUAGAUAAGAAGUAUGCUGGACUUCUGGAAAAGAAAUGGACAUCUGUUAUAAGAUUACAAAAGAAGGUAAUGGAAUUAGAAUCAAAGCUGAAUGAAGCCAAGGAAGAAUUUACAUCAGGUGGACCUCUUGGUCAGAAACGAGACCCUAAAGAGUGGAUUCCUCGUCCUCCAGAGAAGUAUGCACUGAGUGGGCACAGGAGUCCUGUCACUCGAGUCAUUUUCCAUCCAGUGUUCAGUGUUAUGGUCUCUGCUUCAGAGGAUGCCACAAUAAAGGUGUGGGAUUAUGAGACAGGAGACUUUGAGCGGACCCUUAAGGGGCAUACAGACUCUGUGCAAGAUAUUUCCUUUGACCACACUGGCAAGCUAUUGGCCUCCUGUUCUGCUGAUAUGACCAUUAAGCUAUGGGAUUUCCAGGGCUUUGAGUGCAUCAGAACUAUGCAUGGUCAUGAUCAUAAUGUUUCUUCAGUAGCCAUCAUGCCUAAUGGAGAUCAUAUAGUUUCUGCCUCAAGGGAUAAAACUAUCAAAAUGUGGGAAGUCCAGACAGGUUACUGUGUGAAGACUUUCACGGGUCACAGAGAAUGGGUGCGCAUGGUGCGGCCCAACCAGGACGGCACCCUCAUUGCCAGCUGCUCCAACGACCAGACCGUGCGCGUCUGGGUGGUAGCCACGAAGGAGUGCAAAGCCGAGCUCCGGGAGCACGAGCACGUGGUAGAAUGCAUCUCCUGGGCUCCUGAGAGCUCCUACUCCACCAUAUCAGAAGCUACAGGAUCAGAGACUAAGAAGAGUGGCAAGCCUGGGCCUUUUCUGCUGUCUGGAUCCAGAGACAAGACCAUUAAGAUGUGGGACAUUAGCACUGGCAUGUGCCUUAUGACACUUGUGGGCCAUGACAACUGGGUACGCGGCGUUCUCUUCCACUCUGGGGGCAAGUUCAUCCUGAGCUGUGCCGACGACAAGACUCUCCGCGUCUGGGACUUCAAGAACAAGCGAUGCAUGAAAACCCUCAAUGCGCACGAACACUUUGUUACCUCUUUGGAUUUCCACAAGACGGCACCGUACGUGGUCACUGGGAGUGUAGAUCAAACAGUAAAAGUCUGGGAGUGCCGUUGAUUGCUUCACAUUUGAACCCCCCACCUUCCUCUCCCUCCCUUCCCCCCCCCCUCCCCAUUUUUUCCCCCUCUGGAUGCACUCAGAUACCAUGGUUACCCAUUGAGCUCUGUUUAAAUAAAUAUUGUCCUUUCAUGUAAAUUAUUCUGGAUGUAGAUUGAGCUUAUUAAAUGUUACACACAAAGUAUUCAUGCAUGGUGAAUCCAAAUUGUAUACUGUAAAUUUACAUUUGUCUAGAAGUACCAUAGGUUUAAGAACAAGGGGCUGGCAUUGGUCACAUCAGACCUGGAGAAGGCAGAAGUUGGCUAAUUGGAGUAGGGCACUUAACUGAUUAGUGUCGUUCUAUGUCGGAUGAUCCUCCCUGUUUUCUGUUGGUGCUUUGGGGUUUGCUUUGGUUUGGUUUCCUCUUCCUGCUGUCUGUCGGUGCCUGGAUGGGUGACCUCGUUU